AGCGUACUAUGGACGACAUGGAACAGCGGCCAAGAAUUGCUCUGUACUUUACGAUCACGAUUACACUGUCACUUGACAGAUAGUUGUGAUUAAUUACAGCUGAAUCGUAGAAGCCGAAGGGGUGCUUGAUGCCCGACAUUGUUCCUCGCCUCUGUCGAGCAUUUGAAUCUUAUAUUAAGGUCCGAAGUCGAAGGCAGAGGUGUCAGGUUAACCCAACAAGGCCUUCCGAACAUGGCGAGGGCUGUGUACAGAGAUCUUCUCCGGUCGCUGAACAAGCAUGUGAGCCGCGGCUCUGAAAACAGGCAAUUUCAGAAAUUUGUCUCCGAAGAAUUUCGAAAGUUCAAAGAUCUGUCCGAUCCAGUUUUGAUUGAGAAGAAGUUGAGCCUUGCAAAGGAUUACGCCAUGCUGGUCAACAGCGUCCACUACCACAGGAACCUUCUCCUCUCAUAUAACAUCGGUGUCGACAGAGAGGCCGAGCAGGAAUUGCGAUUGAAAGACACCGCACAAAGAGUGGGACUACAAAUGCCUACUGUAUACGAGGACCUUGACAGAAGACUUUGACGUUUCUUACAAUUUUGAACACACAUAGAGUAUAGGUGCAGUAAAAGAGAUACAUAUUUGAGAACAUACAUUCAUGCAUAGGAGACCUGGUGAUUUCCAGAGGCCUUGUAACUCUCCUUGCCUACGGUGGUAAAUGCAACCAUGACGAUUUAAAAACAGUUUCAUGCCAUUUUGACAUCAGUUGUUUACGUGACUCCGACUGACACGGAAGUAAUAUGGACGUUCGGUUCGCAUACCCAGUCAGAUGAGAACAGAGACUUGAAGUAAGAGGAGGAGCCAUUAUCUGGGAGGAAUCAAGAGUACAUCCUAGCGUACGCAGAGAGUUUGUGAGUACUUCAUACCAUGAGGAGCACGGAGCAGAACACUGACGCGUUCACUCGGGGUACCGUAAGCUGGCUACUGAUGGGUUUAUCUUAGCAGGAGGGAGCUUCAUUUCUAUUUUCAUGCGUCCGCUCUUGCUCAAAGCUGUUCCACGAAGAUUUAAUAGGUACAUGACAAGCCUUCAUCCAUGAAAGGAUAAAGGAUUGAAAAGUAUUGUCCUCAAGUUCAGACGAUUCAAAGACUACUAGGUCUUUCGCUUUCAAGGAAGUCGUGAUUUACUCACAGGAUCUUCGCAGCGGGCAAGGAUUUAAGAGGCUACGUCGAAUACAUUGGCUACGAAAAGCAAGUUCUAUUGGCUGGAAAUGUAUCCAGAUGAAGUUUUUUUUUCUUCGUCGAUGUCGUUUCCUCCGCAACAUCGUGCUUAAAUGACAGGUUGCGAAGUCCAAAACUCAAGUGUGGAGGACCUUUAAAAUCUUGUCAUUUUAGUUUCACAAUCUUUUCGGCAGGAAAGUUAGCUCAGCCUACCCAGUACACAACGGGCACACACCACGUAUUUCCACUUUCGGAAAAGCC